CUUCCCCCCCCCCCCCCACACACACACUAAUGUGUCUGAGUCGUUCCUUCAAGGUGGGUGUGUACAGCUGCCCCAACUGUCGUCAUGACCUGGGCAAGGACUAUGCCAUGACAGUCAACAAGUCCCUACAGGCAGUACUAUUGGACCUGUUCCCUGGAUACAAUGGAGGGAGAUACACACUAGCUGAUGGGACUACUGAACAGUAUUUAGAACUGCAAUGAGGCAUGUCAUGUGCACCUUCCUUAUUGAGCAAUGUGCUUUCAUUAUGAAUCUACUUAUAAUUGUUAUUUCUUUGAGCAAUAUAUCAGCUAACCUUAUAGCAAGAGUUCAUUAUAGGAUGAAUAAUGAACUCUUGGCUACAAGAAUAAUGAGAAUGUUCCCCUCAAGGUUAUUUCUCUGCUGUCUGCUGGGAAGUGCUUCUCUUGUGUAUGGACAGCAGGCUUUGAUUCGACUGGCAGCAUCCCAUGAGCCCCCUGACACUGACCACACUGGAGAGAUCAUCUUAUUCUCUGAUGUUGGAUCAGGAGCUAGUGGUUAUCCACGCCCCUGGGUUUGCUUCACCGUAGACACUGGUAGUGUAUUGUGGCUGUUCCCCGAUGGGAGUGCAUUGCAAUUUGAAAGUGAAUCGUUACCAGUUCAGGACGAAGUGUUCAUCAGAGAUCUUCCUAAUUUUGGCGUUGCUCUGUAUCGUGGUCCCACACACUUCAGUCCUGAUGGAGAACACUGCUGUGUGAGGAAUAACACAGCACUGAGGAGAUGUGUCACCUUCACUCCCUGCCCCACACUGAGUCCCUUGUCUAAUGGACAAAUCUUAUACAACCCUGGUACCGACAUGGCCACAGCCACCUACACCUGUAACACUGGGUACACUGUGACUGGUACCAUCUCAUCCAUUAUCUGUAACAAGGGUACAAGGGAGUGGAGUAGCACUGAGAGACCCACUUGUGAACGGCUGAUUUGUCCAGACAUCAUCAUCCCAGCCAAUGGAGUGAUCACUUACAACCCAACAACUACCCCCAGAGAUGUGGGGUCCAUGGCUUCCUACAGCUGUACCACUGGCUACCUGAUGACUGGACUGGCAGUGAGGAUGUGUACUGUCACUGGAUGGAGCACUGGAGAUGAUCCCGUCUGUACUGCUAUCUGUCCUGACCUCCCUGCACUGGUCAACGGAAUGAUAUUCUACAAUCCACUCUCCACCCCCAGACUGCAGGGAACAGUGGCUAGACACUUCUGUAUUGUCACUGGGUACCAACUGUCCUCAUCCACUACUACUAGGACCUGUCAGUCUAACAGAACAUGGAGUGGAUCAUCCCUCAUUUGUAACCCUGUCUUCUGUGGCUCCCCUCCCACUGUCCCCAAUGGAGUGAUGACCAGCUCUACUGGUACAACAUUCGGAGCAAUAGCCACCUACUCCUGCAACACUGGGUACCAAAGGUCAGGAUCAGCCACGAUAACUUGUCAGACUAGUGGGAGCUGGAGUGCAGCACCAGUGUGUAGAGCCAUCUGUUCUAACCUCUCUGUACUGGUCAACGGAAUCAUCGUCUACAAUCCAACCUCCACCCCCAGACUGCAGGGAGCCAUGGCUAGACACUUCUGUGACACUGGGUACCAACUGUCCUCAUCCACUACCACUAGGACCUGUCAGUCUAACAGAAUGUGGAGUGGAUCAUCCCUCAUUUGUAACCCUGUCUCCUGUGGCUCUCCUCCCACUGUUCCCAAUAGAGUGAUAACCAGCUCUACUGGUACAACAUUCGGAGAGACGACCAUCUACACCUGUAGCACUGGGUAUCAAAGGUUAGGACCAGCCACGAUAAGUUGUCAGGCUAGUGGGAGCUGGAGUGCAGCACCAGUGUGUAGAGCCAUCUGUUCUAACCUCUCUGUACUGGUCAACGGAAUCAUCGUCUACAAUCCAACCUCCACCCCCAGACUGCAGGGAGCCAUGGCUAGACACUUCUGUGACACUGGGUACCAACUGUCCUCAUCCACUACCACUAGGACCUGUCAGUCUAACAGAAUGUGGAGUGGAUCAUCCCUCAUUUGUAACCCUGUCUCCUGUGGCUCUCCUCCCACUGUUCCCAAUAGAGUGAUAACCAGCUUUACUGGUACAACAUUCGGAGAGACAACCAUCUACACCUGUAGCACUGGGUAUCAAAGGUUAGGACCAGCCACGAUAAGUUGUCAGGCUAGUGGGAGCUGGAGUACAGCACCAGUAUGUAGAGCUAUCUGUCCUGACCUCCCUUUACUGGUCAAUGGAAUCAUCGUCUACAAUCCAACCUCCACCCCCAGACUGCAGGGAGCCAUGGCUACACACAGCUGUACUACCACUGGGUACCAACUGUCCUCAUCCACUACCACUAGUACCUGUCAGUCUAACAGAAUGUGGAGUGAACCAUCCCUAACUUGUCAAAUUGUGGACUGUAACAAUCCUCCGAUGAUCUCAAAUGGAAUGAGGCAAUUUUCUGCAACUACAUUUGGAGAGACUGCCACUUAUAUGUGCAAUGGAAUCUUUGUUCUAUCAGGAAGCUCCACCGUAACUUGUAUGGCUAGUGGACUCUGGAGCACACAUCCAAUAUGCUCUCCUGUUUGUGAGGACCUUCCCCCACUUGCUAAUGGAGUGAUUAGCUACAGCACGAUGUUGUCCCCAAAACCAGAUGGUACAGUGGCCACCUACACCUGUGGCAUUGGGUACGAUAUCUUUGGUCCCAGAACAAGAACAUGUCAAUCAGACACUACCUGGACUGGAGGAGGAGACAUAGUCUGUCAAGCAAGCUGUCCUGCUCUCACUCUAUUAAAUGGUGACAUGAUCACUUACAACAUGAACACCUCUCCUAUUCCAGUGGAUACUGUGGCUACCCACACCUGUAGUGCCACGUUUGUGCUCUCUGGUGAUGCUACCAGGACAUGUACUAACAGUGCUAGUGGAGGAAUCUGGAGUGGAUCAAUGCUAACAUGCAGUGGGACAUGUGAGGACCUACCCAACAUCACUAAUGGAGCCAUUGCUUAUAUAUAUUCAUCAGCCUCUCCACGUACUAAUGGGAGUACUGCCAUUUAUUCUUGUGGGAUGAUGCUUAUGGUGAUGGGGAGCAGUAUAAGAACAUGUCAAUCAGACCGUAGCUGGAGUGGAGAUGAGCCAUUCUGUCAAAGAGUGUUCCUUCAACAUGAAGGAUCCACAAUAGCUGAGGCUAGUUUUCAAGUGCAACUUGACACCAUUGGAGAGGGGGAGAGAGGACUGGUGUGCAGGACUGACCACCAACAAUGCUGUAACAAUACCUCUAACGCUACGUGGCUUACUCCCAAUGGCACUACUGUCUCUUCAACACGUGGAAACUCUGACUUCUAUACAGACACUGGUGUCGGGUUCAUACGCCUCAACCUCAUCAGAAAUGUCACUACUGCAACUGGUGAAUAUUGCUGCCAAGUGCCAGUGGAGGGAGGAACUAUCGAGAGAUUCUGUGCAGAACUAUUCCUGCCUGCACCUCAAGUUUCUGCUUCUCUCUCUAUUGCUGCUGUUGCUGGUGGGAUAGUCGGUGCUAUAGUGGUGGUGAUUCUAGUGAUCUUGGUCAUCAUAUUCCUAGUACUGUUCCUGAGACGCUCACGGAAGAAGCAGUAUGAACUCGCUGCCAAAAACUCUGGUCUCUCUACUGUAUAUACCAAACACAGCGAUGCCAGUGAUGGGGGCGUGGCUAUUAUAUCCAAAAAUCAAGAGCCUACCAUCACUGGCUUCCCAAGUGAGAGCAGGGCUAAUGAAGGGGAGGAGGUGGUCAUUAAGCCCAAGGUGGGAGGUCACCCUCCACCCAGUCUCACCUGGUACCACGAUGGUAGGGAGGUGACUGCAGACUAUGCCACAGAACUGGACCAGGACGGUGGAUUAUCCUUUCCUAGUGUAGAGGCUAAGCAUGCUGGUGUGUAUAAGCUGGUGGCCAGUGGACCUUCUGGCACAGCUGAGAAAGAGCUCCAGUUGAUAGUAGUAUCAGAGGGAGGGAAAGAAGAGGUGACAGAUGAGGUGGACCUCACUCCUAUACCAGUGGAUGGGUUUGGAGCAUAUGUCACUGAGCAGCAUGCUAAUGGAAAUAAAAAGUUUGCCAGUAACUAUUUGGGUCUCGGUGGCAAGGAAAGUGAACGCUCAACAGCAAUUGCCAAACAGCACAAAGAUGAAAAUAGAUUUGGAAACAUUCUUGUGUAUGAUGACAACCUCAUUAUCCUAGACCCCAUCCCUGGACAAGAGGACUGUCAGAGUGACUACAUCAAUGCCUGCUAUGUAGACGGUUUUGUCAAGCGAAACAAGUUUAUUGCUUCUCAAGGACCACUACCCAAUACUCUAAUGGACUUCUGGCGCAUGAUGUGGCAGGAGAGACCACCCAUAAUAGUCAUGCUCACCAACGUCAUGGAGAAGAACAAGAUCAAGUGUCAACAGUACUGGCCUGACAGUGGCAGUGUGAGCUAUGGCCCUUUCACGGUCACCAUCACAGACCAGCAGGUCCUGGCUGACUACACUGUCAGAAACCUACAACUUGCAAUCAAAGGGGAAAGUGGGAAACCUUUCAAGACCACUCAGUUUCACUUUACGACGUGGCCUGAUCACGGAGUGCCUGACUAUGCCACGCCCAUUCUUGGGUUCCAUCGUCGGGUCAAAUCUCAGCACAAGCCAUCCAGAGGUCCCCUCCUGGUCCACUGCAGUGCUGGUGUGGGACGCACAGGCACUUACAUUGCCAUUGAUAAUGUCCUCGAUCAGAUCGCAACUGAGGGUAUCGUCGAUAUUUCCGGCACAAUUGUCAAAUCUCGCAACCAGAGAAUGAAAAUGGUCCAGACCCGGGACCAAUAUGUGUUCAUCCACGAUGCUAUCCUGGAGUCAGUGACGUGUGGAGACACUCAGAUCUGUGCUGCAGAUCUGCGCAGGCAGAUACAGAAGAUGUCAUUAGUGGCCCCGGGAAAAACCACCUCAGAAUUUCAAUACCAAUUCCAAAUUCUGGAACAGGUCUCUCCAAAUCCGAAUGAGGUCAACUGCAGUAGUGCAUUGAGACACAAGAACUUGAACAGGGGAAUACAGUACCUACCAAUUGAGAAUCAUCGUGUGUUCCUGAAAGGGCAGGACCCUGGCCGUGACUACAUCAAUGCCGUCUUUGUCAAUGGCUACAAGCACCAGAAGGCAUACAUUAUUGCCCAGAAUCCACUGGAUUCAACUGUGCGUAACUUCUGGAAGAUGAUCUAUGACAGGAAGUGUGCGGCUGUUGUGAUGUUGACUCCACUCAGUGAGAAUGGGAAGGAGGCAUGCUCCCAGUACUGGCCAGAGAGUGGCAAUGUCACCUCCUUCGGUGAGUUCACCAUCGAUAACUUGGGGGAGGAAGUCAACACUGGGUUCGUUAUGAGGCAACUGAGCGUGCUUAACAAGAAGACAAAAAAGCCUCUCCAAAUAAUUCAGAUCCAAAUUCUCGAUUGGAAGUCGACUGGUGCAUGUGCAAACUUCAAGAUUAUAACUGACGUCAAUGAGGAGGUUGUAAAGGUUCAAAGGAGAACUGGAAACAAGGCGAUUGUGGUCCACUGCAGUGACACUGCGACCCGCUCUGGUAUGUACUGCUCUGUAGCUACUACCAUUGACCGUUGCAAGACAGAGGGAGUGGUGGAUGUGUUCCAGGUGGUCAAGGCUCUCAGGGUCCACAAGCCAGGGGCAGUACCCUCAGUUGACAACUACAAGGAUGUUUUCGAGGCCUUGUUGGUCUACUUGGACUCCUUCGAUACUUAUGCUAACUUUCUGUAAAACUAAAAUGGAAACUAGAACUGGGUAGCAGCUAUUUUUCCACUCACAUUUUAGGAGGGGGAGAUUCUAAUAUAAUGUGCACAUGUUUAAUUUGAAGUUAGACGUACGAUAUUAGUUUUGUGUAUUGCCACAGUCUUUUCAGUGUGAUGAAACAAUUUUGAGAGGAUUUGGA